UGACCUAACAUAACAAAAAAACUAAAUUAUCCUUAUACUCCUAAUCCUAUCCUCAACAAGCUUCAAGACAUUGAUAAACACAGUAAUAUGAUGCCUUGUUAUUUGUUGGCUUUGUGGAUAAUCAGAUGACCAUUUUGGCUUUCAUCUUGAGUUGUAUACCAUAAGGAAUGUUGUGAUCGAAUAAAUUUAUUCUCGUACGCUUGAUUUUUCACGCUAAAUUUUGUACCCAAUAAUAUUUGGGAAGAGUCAUAUCAAAACUUCCUUUAUGUUUCAUAUUUUGCUUUUUGCUGUGAGAUUUUCUCAUUGGUUGUUUUUUGUGAGUUAUUUUGUUAUUAAUUGAUUGUGUAUGUUGUUUACGUGUUUGUUUAAUUAUUUGAAAGAAGAUAUGAAAUGUUGUAUGUUUAAUUGGUAUUUUCUCAUUGGUUCUGAAGUUAACGGUACCAAAAUAAUGGCUAAUUUUCAGAAACUUUUUUGUCUCGUAAUAAAAAAAAUUAAAUAUAAGUUUUUGUUUUCAAAAGUAAUAACUACUAAUAAAAAAAUUAAAGUAAAAUCUAAAACUAGUCAAAUAAAUAUGGUUUAUUGAAAUAAAUUGAAGCUAAAUUUUACUGAUUUCCGCUAUCUUCUUUUCAAUUCCUUGUAAUUCUCUAUCUAUUAAAUACUAUAUCAGCUAAAAAAGGAAGCUAAAUAGUCAUAUUUAAUUAUUUGGGAAGUCAAAUUUAACUUUAUGGGUUAAAGUUGGUCUAAGUUACCUUAAUGGGAAGCCACAUUUUGGGAGACUGAAGAAAUCAUCGAGACCGCACAUUGGUCCCUUGCAUGAUCCGACGGCCGAAAUGCAUCUGUACGGGUGCAGAGUAUGUAGUCUACGCCUAACUGGGCAGUUAGUAACACCUUUCCAGUUCCCAUCCUUCUCCGUUAAUAACGUUAACGGCGGCCGUGGAUGCCGUGCUGGCUCUAUCUUCUCCUCGCCAGUGGAUAAGCAAAAAAAAAGAUUGCGGAAACAGUUCCUAAGCGAAAAGCCUUUCCGAUAAUUCAAUCUUCCACACCAUUAGAGCACAACAGACUCUGUGAGCCAUUGCCAUGGUAGCUACUGUUCUAUCUUGCUGCUCCGCCCUUACUUCCAGGCUAAACAACCUCUCCAUCGCCGCCACUUCUUCUUCUCUUCCAUCUCAAUCGAACUCCAUCAGUUUCUCCUCUUCCGUUUCGCAUAAUCCAAGUCUCUUCAGUACAGGAUGCCUGUCCGUGAGGCCAGUAGAAUGGUCUGUUCGCCGUUCUUCAGUUGUUUGCGAGGCUGCGCCGGGCAGGAAGGCCGAUUCGGCGGUCAAGAGAGCUCGCCAAGCGGAGAAGAGACGCGUCUACAAUAAAGCGCGCAAGUCUGAAGUUAGAACCCGGAUGAGGAAGGUGUUGGAAGCACUAGAUGAUUUGAGGAAGAAACAAGAGCCACAACCCGAGGAGGUGCUUCCAGUUGAGAAACUAAUUGCAGAAGCCUAUUCGGUGAUCGACAAAGCUGUGAAAGUCGGGACGCUGCACAGGAACACAGGAGCACGCAGGAAAUCACGGCUUGCCAGGACUAAAAAGGCUGUCGAGGUUCAUCAUGGCUGGUACACUCCUUGCCCUGCCCCUGCUGCAGUUGCCAGCUAAUGGAGAUCUGAUUCUGGGUUUUGACAUUGAGAGGGAAGGGAAAUGAGAAAGUUGUUUUCCUUUUCCUGCUUGUCUGUGUUAUUUUUUGUCACUAUAAUUUAUUUGUAGCCUAAUCUACAAUUCAUUAAUCCCAGUUCUAGUACCUUCAGUUAAACCGAUGGAUUGUGAAACCAUAUGAGUGAUUAAACCAGUAAGGCGAGCGUUAAGAAGGUAUAACAGAGUACACCAAAGAGUCCGAUUAAAACACCAGCAGCAAUUCAAUUAAGUUGAGUAACAAAACAAACGAAAUGGUCGAUUCUCGAACCAGAGAAAAACAAUACAAUGAAAUACAUGCAGACAGAGCAU